AUGAAUUCUAUAGUAUAUAAGAAAAUAAAACUAAAUGAUGAUAUUAUAAAAAAGUUUGAGGUGUUAAGAGCAUUCAAAUAUAAACAUGCAAUUACUAGAAACAUGGCAUGGAGUUAUGAUGGAGAAUUAUUAUUAACAUCAAAUAAAAAUGACUCUAUAACUAUUUAUAGUUUAGUAGAAGGACGGUCAUAUAAAACAUUACAAAGUAAAAAUUGUGGUGUAGAUGUUGUUCGAUUUUUAGAUAAUGCAAAUGAAGUAAUUGUAUGUUCUACUAAAUCUAACAAUUCUGAACAUAAACAAUUUUUACGAUUUUGGGAUAUAAAAGAAAAUAAAUAUGUAAAAUCGUUACCACAAAUAGGUAAUAUAUGUGAAUUAAAUGGAAUAUCUGUAAAUCCAAAUAAAAAAUUAAUGUUAGUUAAUUCUGAUGAUUGUCAUGUCAAGUUAUAUUAUUUUAAUUGUGACAUUCCAUUAAUAAUAUAUAAAUCAAAUUUCAAAAGACCAGUUUCUUGUUUUGAUAAUGAAGGUCUUAUAUUUAUUGCUUCUUAUGGAAAAAAGGAAAUCCAUUUUUAUGAUGUAUUAAUGUAUAAUCGUGGUGAAUAUAAUGUUGUUAGUUUAAAAAAUAUAUUACAAAAUGAUGAAUUUAUAACUAAUCUUUUAUUUACUCCAAAUAAUAAAGCAAUUAUAGUUUCUACAAUUAAAAAUAACCAUUUUAAAAUUGAUUCGAUUACUGGAAAAUUUAUAUGUUCAUACAAAUAUAGUGAUGUCAUUCCAAAAAAUAAACAAAAUUUACAUUAUAACCCUGGGACAACAAAUAAUGAUUUCAUAGAGGAAUCCACAAAUAAUAAUACUGCAUUCAAUCAAUCUAUAAAUAUUCAAAAUUUAUAUAAUAAUACUACUUUUCAAAAUCGACCUUACUCUUUAUUUAUACCUACUAUUACCCCAGAUGGAAAAUACAUAAUGUGUGGAUGGAGAGACAAUGGAAUUCACAUUUGGAAAGAAAGCGGAGAAUAUAUGGCAUCUUUAUAUGGCCAUGCAGGCCCUCCUGAAAACGUCAGUUUCAAUCCAAAGUGCGCAAUAUUGGCUUCAAGCUGCUUAAAUGUCGCAUUGUGGCAACCAUCCAUAUAA